GAGAUUCUGAAUUUGCCCUAUUCUUUACGCGCAUAGGGUCAAGGAUUAGGUGAAUUGAUUGACCAAACCCAUUCAAGGAUUAUUAUUUUAAAAAAUUGACAUUGGUAUUUAUAAAAUCGAUCAAUAAUUGUGAGUAACAUGACCUAAUAAUAAUAAUAAUAGUAGAAAUAUACUAGAAUUAAAUCAACUCCCAUUAACACUAAUAAUAAAUACCAUUAUAUUCUUCUCUCCUCCCAAUAAUCAAGUAAUUUUUUUUUCUCUCUCUAGAAAAUCAAGAGAGAGAAACUCGGAGAUGUGUCCGCUCAGAAUAAUUCUCAUCUUUCUCUCUGCUACCCUCGCCGGAUUCUUCGUUCUUAGAAACCUCAACUCUUCGCCGGACCCCCUGAACGACGACGGCGUCGACGUCGCCGAAGAAGCUGAAUCCACCGGCGCCGCUCCCAUGUCUUCCAAGGUUUGCGCGGCCGUGGGGAAGGGGUUUUGGACAUUUGUUGACAUGGCAAGCGGCAAAUAUCUAUGGAGGAACUUAGCUUCUUCAUCCUCUUCGACGGAGAAGCUCUCUGCCGAUUAAUUCGGUCAGUAAUACGUCGUGUCCGACAGUUCUUUUUCUGUUAUGGUGAUUUUUUCUUGAAUAAUCUCGGUUGUAGAGUUUUUACAUACGUGCUUCGAAAAAGCAAGAAUGAAAAUUGUGUUGCCGUACUUCUUGUGAGUUGUUAUGAAACGAUUGCUUGUAUAGAUGAAGAUCAUACAAUUUUAUAUCCCCUUUUCGCUCUUUUUUCUGUCGUCAGUUUGACAUUAUACUCGAAUAUAUAGAAUACAUUUGUCGACUUUUUGUUAAGCGGGGUUUUACUUGUUAUAUUGUUUUA